GGUUGGUAUACAAACAACUAGAUUUGCUUUGGUAUUUAAACGAAUGUAUAAGGCUUCUCCUUUUCAAUACACAAUAACUAAUUAUUUCGCAGGCUUUGCUGAUAAAUCAUGAUCGAAACGUAUAAUUCGGCGAAACACACUGCAACUUAACGGGAACUAUACUGUACUCGGUUACCAUGCUUCCAUCGUCAGUGUGUCCUCGAUGCGGAAGGCAGUGCGUUGCCCUUAGAACCUAUGGUGUUGUCGCAAUUAUCGUAGUUAUAAUCACCUACGAAUUUUGGACCUGGACAACCAGCCAUGAGAGCAUUAGUAUGAGGAUCGACCCCUUCAUUGUUCACGCAUACUUGAACAGCUAUCAAGCACAUUUACUCCCAGAUUUGACAAAACUCAGAUGGCCCAUCAUACGAUUGGCAAAUAAACCGGCAGGUAUGCGGUUCACAAACGGUACAGUUUUUAGACCGCCACAAUCGUUUGAACCCGUUAUGAGUCGGGGUCAGAAGGCGCUAUUCAAACGGCUUCUGGGAGUAUUUGCGGAUUUGAUGUUUGCCAAUGGAUUUGGAGAUCGCUUUUUCCUUAAUGCAGGGACGUUGUUGGGUUCAUUCCGACACCAUGAUAUAAUCCCCUGGGACGAGGACAUCGAUGUACUGGUUGACGUGAGGGUGCGUUCGAGAUUGCACCAAUUGUUCAGGAAUAUGAAUUCCGGAUAUUUGUAUUCCGGAAUGUAUAAUAGAGAUAAAGUUUUCACAAAACAAAUUGAUCCGAACCGGGAAACAGAAGACUUGGAAUUCAGUCGAAAUACCUCCUCCCACCCAUGGCUUUGGCCAUUUCUCGAUAUCGGAUAUUACGUCGUUAAUGAAACGCAUGUGUAUGAGUUAGCAUUGUAUGGGGGGAAACAACAGAUCUGGCCACGCGAUAUGGUGUUCCCUCUGCUCUUUCGACCGCUCGGUAAGCAAUGGUUUCCUACCCCGUUUCGUGCACUACUAUUUAUGAACUCUACGGUUCCAUUUACGCCGAUGUGUCAUUUGAACGGAUAUGAUCACAUAUUGGAGGUACUAGCCACCGAUGCUCGGUGCCUAUGUUUUGACCUGCGUAAACGCUAUGCGUUUGUCCGUCGACGUCGGUCCAAUCAUCAUCUAGUCUCCACCGAUGAACACUACUGGAAGUCCAUUACAUUUAACUUGCUAGUCACAGAGGAGCAGCUGAUAGCAUACGAAUCAGCGGAGGCCACAGAGGCGACUGUUAUUCAUUCUAUACUUGUACCUGCCCAAACUGAAGAAGCUGAUUUGGAUGCGUACGAUUAUUCCAAAAAUAUGGCAUAGAUGGUUAGCUUGAACUGAAAUAGUAUUAUCUAUAAGCACUUUUGCAUUAACUUUUACUUGCUAUCUAUCGAGCAUUCCUGUCUACUCGUGUAAGUAACCCAUUUGUCCCUAUGGGAAAUCACUGACGGCAUUGAUGCACUUGACAGUUUUAAUACCUGACACAUAGAUAUCUACUAAACUACUGCUGUCAUAUUGACUUGGACGUUUGCACCUAUCUGCUCCCACAAUUACGUAUCUUCACGCACUGUGAUAUUUCUGGAAUUCCGUAUGUUCUAACUUUGUG